GGCGCUGUCCACAUGAGAGCUGGUUCUGAAACUGCAGUUUGCACUGUGAAUGUGGUAUAGCCCGAAGGCACAGCCACAUACCAACUCCAUACGCUUGUUUGCACCGCGGGAAUCAUAGAAAUAUUUGCAUGAAGAACAAUAAAUCUUGCAUUUCACCGAUUUCAUCAAAGGCGACUGAGCACUAUUCCUCAAUAACUGAGCUAUCUGAAGGUUGUACAGUGGAUUACUUUCAUUUUAAGACACUGCAAAGCCGGAGAAACUUAACCCAUGCUUUUGAUUUACUAGAAACAGGUUUGAAAUACUUCUAAAUACGUGGAUUCCCCAGGUUGUGAAUGAUUCCCGUUUAUUUAUUCAACACAUUCGUUAUAUCUUCGGUAAAAAGCAGGUGUUGGAAAGGACAUUCCAAUGGAGUUCCAGCACAUUUAAGGAACUUGAAUGUGAAGUGCAUGUUGUAUAUACCGUACAACACAACGGAUUUUGAUUGUAAACUUUUACGUGCAAAUAUGGAUUAUUAUACAUAAGUCAUAGAUAGUGUUUGUUAUUUAUUUUCAAUGGAAGUAUUGGUAUUUUGAAACACUUCGACUAUCUGUCUUAAAUUCACAACGAUCCGGCAAUAGACCUGGGCAUUGCUUCGAGGUCCUCCACACUUCAGAGCCACCGAUAUAACAUCCAAACACAGCGACGCGAGAACUUUGUCAAUUCAUCUGCCCCACAUGCUUCUUUCAGGUGUGCUUAAAAGAAUCCACGUCACCGAAACAGUUGGGGAGUAGUGGUGGACACGCAGAUAGUGAAACCAGUGAACUCACAGCAAGAACUGCCGUUCUAUUGCCAAACAGACAAUAGUCUAAGGGAUUUCAACAAUUUCGGUGGGCCUGUUUCAAAUUGUAACAACAGCGUCAAGAAAGAAUACUGAGAAACGAUAUUGUUCUUAUAGAGACAUUGCCUCUUCUUAUUCGUCAGACAAACAGAGCAUUUCAGAUUAAUUAUUGCGUCUUAUAUCCCACGGUGAUAUCGUUUUUUUAAUUAUUAUUAUUAUUAUUAUUAUUAUUAUUAUUAUUAUUAUUAUUAUUAUUAUUAUUAUUAUUAUUAUUUACGAUUAAAUACCACAAUAUUCCUGGUUAUUUCAAUACAUUAUUACCACAUUGGAUCUUAGCCAUCAGUACAGGAAGGAAGACUUUUGAAGGCAGUUGGUGUGUUGUCUCUGUUGUCUGAUUUGAAAGGUUGGGAAGGAGUUGCUAUCCCAUCCGAAGGCUUUCUAUAGACUUCUCUGAUGGAAAUACACUGUAAACACGACCCGUUUGCAGCAAUGCAUAGACACGGUGGAGUGAACCAGCUGGGAGGCGUGUUUGUGAACGGGCGGCCGCUCCCAGACGUGGUGCGCCAGCGGAUCGUAGAACUGGCCCACCAAGGCGUGAGGCCGUGCGACAUCUCCCGACAGCUACGGGUCAGCCACGGUUGUGUCAGCAAAAUCCUCGGCAGGUAUUAUGAGACAGGCAGCAUUAAGCCAGGAGUCAUUGGAGGCUCCAAACCAAAGGUCGCUACACCAAAAGUUGUUGACAAAAUCGCAGAGUACAAACGCCAAAACCCUACCAUGUUUGCCUGGGAGAUCAGAGACCGACUGCUGGCUGAAAGAGUAUGUGACAACGACACAGUGCCCAGCGUCAGCUCCAUUAAUAGGAUUAUAAGGACAAAGGUACAGCAGCCCCCAAACCAGCAGGUCUCUGCCUCCACCCAUAACAUAGCCUCCACAGUGUCGGUGACUCAGGUGUCAUCGCUUACCAGUGACUCUGCAGGCUCCUCCUACUCCAUCAGUGGAAUUCUGGGAAUCACCUCCAGCGCCGAUGCCAAUAAGCGCAAAAGGGAUGAAGGUAUGCAAGAAUCCCCACUUUCCAAUGGCCACCCGCACCCAGGCAGGGACUUCCUGCGGAAACAGAUGCGAGGAGACCUCUUCACACAGCAGCAGUUAGAGGUACUGGACCGAGUGUUUGAAAGACAGCACUAUUCUGACAUCUUUACAACCACUGAGACCAUCAAACCAGAGCAGGGCUCAGAAUACUCAGCCAUGGCGUCUUUAGCGGGUGGACUGGAUGAGAUGAAAAACAGCCUAGGCAACCCAGCCCCAGCAGACCUUGGAGGCAGUGUCCCAGGUCCGCCGUCCUAUCCCCUUGUAGCAGGUCGUGAUUUAGCAAGCACAACCCUCCCAGGAUAUCCUCCCCACGUCCCCCCUGCUGGACAGGGAAGCUAUUCCGCUCCAGCGCUGACAGGAAUGGUGCCUGGGAGUGACUUUUCCGGAAGCCCAUAUUCACAUCCCCAGUAUUCUGCGUACAAUGAAUCCUGGAGAUUUCCGAAUCCAGGCUUGCUGGUGUUCCAGCAAGACUAUGGUGCGCGACUUGGUACAGAAAUUGGAUGCACAUCGCGAUUUUUUCCUGGCCAGUCGGGCCAGAUACAAGGGUCCCCAUAUUACUACAGCGCAGCAGCCAGAGGGGCCGGCCCUGCAGCUACAGCUACUGCUUACGACCGGCACUGACCCGAAGCACAAAGGACAACACCAGCACUGCCCAUAUAUCUGUCUGCAAUUGAUAGGGUGGGAGACAGAGGGAGGUGGGGUGGUUGAGGGGGAGUACAUGUAUGGGGCUAUAAAUAUUUAAAUUGUCUGCCUGGCCUUCCCACACAAACUUUACUAUUAAUGUCCAAUGUCCCUGUCGAAGAAAAAAAAAGACUGCAGCCCAUCUUGUUUAUGUGAUCACCAGCCUUUGGGCAAUUAAACACUUACAAACAAAAGGAUAAGCAUGGGUUUAAGAAUAAUUUGAAGAACCCAGUAGAAACUCUUCUGGUACAAACAGAGUCUAACAAAACAAAAAUUAAACAUCCCUGUGUGUAUUUGGGAGCACACUAGACAGGAAAGGGUGGGUCCAAUCAUAUUACUUUUCUUCUGUAUUUUAUGUUCCAGACAUAACUUCAUUCUUGUCCACAAAGUGAGGACCUUGUAAGUUAUUGGGGAUGGAAAAAAAACAGAAACACCUGCUAUCAGAUGACUGUAGAAAAGUUAAAACUCCUGUAGGCCAUUUUAACUAAUUUCCUUCAACUGUUCUUGAUGUAAUGUAACUUUAGUUGUGUGAUUUGUGCACUCUAAAUUUUAUUUGCACAAUAAUGACAGAGAUAGGGACCAGGCUGUAUAAUUUGUAUAAUCUCUCCAAUCCCUUAUUUUUAUAUUUAAAAUAACAAUUUAAUAGUAGGAUUUGUAUGUACCUGUAAUGGAUUUCUUCUCAUAGAGAAAGCAGAUUCAGACAAUCUUGCUUUGUGACAGUCAUAUAAAACACGUAUUUACAAAGUGAAGUACAUAUAUAAAACGAAAUAACACAAGCCAUCUGAUUGUUACAUGUGAUUGUCAACUGUCUUGGCCAAAAUUCUUUGCACACAGAAUUUUGGAGGUGCCAAAGGUACAGAUUUGUUAGCGUCCCUACAGGUACAAUUGAUUUUGAGUUAACUGAAACCUAAUUAAAACUGUUCAUUGCAGAAUAAGAAUUUUUGCUUUCGCUUUAUAGUAACAGCAAACAGCAAGUUAAUGACCAAACAGCUUCUGGAGUUAAUGACAGUGAAGCAUACAAUUAGACAGCAAUUUUAUUUAAACCACUUAUAUGUUCUGUAUAUUAUUAUUUAUAUUAGAUGAAAACUAAAUACAAUUUUCAAUCCAAUAGACUAAGAAAUUAAUUUAAUUGUAUUCAUAUUUUAUAUUUGAGGAGGCAGUUAAUUGUAGCAGCUAUACAUUUGCUGGAUCUGUUGUUGCUUUAUGCACGGUAGCAUAUUCCUGGUUUCUGUUUGAAUAAUACACCUCAGGCUGUUCCGAUUUCAACCUGAGGGCAGCCCAAAACAGGUUCUUUUUAUAUAUUAAGGGGGAUAGAGAGAGCUUUAUCUUCUGUAGGAAGACUUACAGAAGACCUUAAAUUCAGGUAUUUCAUGAUUUGAUAUUUGAUUUUUUAGAAAUCACGUAUGAAAAAUCAACCAAGAAUUUGUCAUAAUUUAAGCAUUUGUCAUAAUCUGCUGGUGAGGGUGUUACCUGAACAACAACAAUAUAAUAGCCCUUAUACAAUUUUACCAUAGUAAAAGCAAAGUGUAAUAAAGCACAGUGAAACCAUGGUAAAGCAUUGAUAAGUAUUGUAAAAGCGAGAGAGGUAGGCGUGGCAAGCAAAAAACUAUAAAUACAUGGUAUAACCAUGCGACUGCAAAAUUACAGUGCAAAAUCAAACUGGUAAACUUUUAAGGACAUUAACUCUAAUAUUUCACAUCCCUACCAAGUUGCUCUUUAAAAGGGUUAUACUUUUUUUUAAGUCCUAAAUCUCUGUUUUUCUUUUCCAUUAGAUCACACAUGUGCCAUUUUGAAAGAAACAGAUGUUUGCAGCAUGUUUCUGUUUGCAGCAUGCCUUACUUUUAGGUCUUCAGUUCACCUCGAGAGUGAAAUUAUCUGCAUCCUUUCAAGGCCUUCUUACCUGUCAUUAACAAACUAGCUGCUUCCACUGAUGACUGGCAUGCUUUGACCCUGAAGAAACAGCUGAUGUGUGAAACAGUAUCAGACUACCUGAAAGUUAGGCAUGUAAAACAAGAGCUUUCUCUAACCUAAUACGGAACCAGAUAUUGUCGUUAAUGAAAAUACAUGUUUUUUUAUGGUUUUCUUUGAAAACUGCACACGUGGGACCUACAUAGCGAAUGGCAUAUGUAUGGCAUUAUUCCAUUAGCUAGAUCCUCUUUAAAAGCAUGUGGAAAUCUACCCAUUUUGCCGCUCUCUAUUCUGGAAGCUUAGAAUUCAGACAGCUGUAUAUGUAUAAUAUAUUUCAUCUUUGUCAUUUUGAAGCUUCAUAUGUUAAAAGAAAUGGUUGAACUUUGGGUUUCCCCAUUGUUACUAGUUCUGCUUCACAUGAGUUAGGGUAGCCAAGAAAUUUUCAAAUCAAACAUUACAAUCUAACAGUUUGUAGUAUUUAGUUUUACAGGUGUUGUUUUUUGGUAGGCCUGCUGGAAUUGUUAAUGGACAUAAGCACAAAAUAAAAGCAUACAAAAUAAGUGCACAAAAUAAAUAAAAUGACUGUCUUAGCUUUCAUAAUCCUUAUGUCAAUACAGAUCCUUUUACUACGCUAACCAUCAUCCGUACGUACAUACAAACACACACAUACAGAUGAUGUACUGCACAUGUGUAUAUAUCUGUACGCCAUUCACAUGUUUAUGGUUUCCUAAAUUGUAUUUCUAUUAAAGCUAAAUAUUGUUCAUUGAGAAUAUAUGUAUUAAGGUAAAUAAACAAGAACAACAUUACUUAAGCAUAUAGUAAAAUGGUUGUCAAGAGGUAUAUAUAGAAAUGUUGGUGACUGGCUUGUUUUUGAUGUAAUUUUGAAUCAAAAUUAGUCCUUGCAUUUCAGAAUGUUGAUAUUUUAGACCCAUGGUAUUUUCUAAAAUCAUUUUACCUGUGUAUUUACCUGUGCACCAUAUAAAAAAAUGAAGGUAUGGCCAGAUAAAUAAUAUUCCCGAGAGGGCUUUUUUGAAGCCACCGUUGGAGAAUGUAGUCUAAUUUCUGAUGAAGUGAACAACUAGAAUAGAUGGGCAUUUAUAGGCAGAGAGCAGCUUUUUACAGUCAAACAUGUACUGUAUCUGUAAAAUAAUAAUAAAAAAAACCUUAAAACACUUAAAUUCAUCCCAUCAAAAGAAAAUGAAGGAGUUACAACCAGGGCAAAAACGUUUAUAAACCCAUUCUGUAAAUCAACCGGAAAUGCUAUAACUUCAUGGCUUUGUAAGCCAGUUUGUAACUUCUGUACAAGCUUGUAUUGACUUUUAAAGGUUGUUAAUACAAUUACUUGAACAACCUACAAAUAAUGAUGCAGACAUCAGGUUGAAGAAUUAAAAUGAGUUAAAAUGAAUUUAUCACAAGAACCAAAAUUGGUUCCUUAUUUCAAAACUCAACUUAAGCGUCUUUGAAAUUACUUUACUGGCAUAUGGGGGAGCUGCAGGGAAUCACAACCAUGCAGCCAAUUUUACAAAGCACAUUAAUUCAUAGUUUGCAUAUGUGAGUGUUUUGUAUUAGCUGUGCUAUAAUAGUGUUUCAUUAUACAGGUUAGGCAGAUGACUUCAAGCGCAUCGUUAUGUGGCGCAAACUCUUGUGACAUUCUCUGUAUUAGACUUGGUUGCUACUGCAAGGAUGUUAUCUUAUUCAUAUCAUUCAAGGAACUUGUUUUACACUAACUGGAAAAAAUAAAUGAAUGAAGCAUCUAACUUAUGUGUUGGUUAGUGUUACAUAAUUAAUACAGUGAAAACCACAGCAGACAUAUUUAUCUUCUCAUGAGUACAAGUAUGAGAGCUGUAACUGCUGAAAUAAGGAUGUGUCUGUAGUUUAGAGGGGUUGCCUUGCCAUUUGUUAUAUAAGGGUAUCCUUCAGUAUCCUUCCAAGACCUGGUCCUAUAGUAUAUAAAUAGGUAUUCCUAUUUUGUGCUUGGUGUAACUUGAGUGAGACAGCCUGUGAAAAAGGCUGCAUAUUAUGAAGAAAACAAUGGCAGUGGUCCCUCGGUCAAAGAGGAAUUGGAAUAGGCUCCGAUUGGGCUUAUCUAGUCUAACCCUUAUAAGACUGUCCAUUGUAACGCCUACUGUAGGAAUACCAGGGAUUUUAUUCAGUGGUUUCCAUGGUUACCCUAGUCCACAAAUUUGAGUUGAUAUUUCUUUUUUUCACAAAAAAAGGAAGAAAUGGGACUAAUGGUGGGCAGGUGUAUUUUGACUAAUAAUACAAUGUUUUAAAUGUGCCAUUUAACUUUAAUAAUAUAAUUAAUUGAGCAGUGCGAGAGAAUAAGGCUGAGUUUACGCUUUCACAAUUUUAACCCCUUACUAAUGGGAUUGUCUUAAAAGGGUUUAGACUGGGCUGGGGAUAGCCUUCAAAUUACAUCCUGGUUUUUCACCUUUAGUGGCCUUUGUACAUCCUAGGAUUGCUAUUUCCAUGGCUUUUUCUUAACAGAGGCAUCAAAAGUGUAUUUUUAUCCAACAAGGUUUUAGUAAAUAUGCUAUGAUGACACAAGCCGAUUUGUAGUGAUGAACUUGUUGACAUCAAAGAAAUACAUAUCUAUAGCAUCCACCAAAGUAUGUGAUGCCUGUGUAAAAGCUGAACUUGUAAAAAAAAAAGUAUAAAAAACUGAAAAACAAAUUGCCUUUGAAGGAUGGAGACAACCAAAAUAGGUCUCCACAAAAGAAUUGCUUCUUUAAAAUGUGUAUGUUUUUUAUUCAAUUUUCUAGUAGUAAAAAAAACAAACAAACAAAAAAAAACUCUUUACUCUUGAUGGUAUUUCUUAGUGCUGUGUGUUGCUUUUUUGUGGUCAUAAUAUUUGAAUGUAUUUACAGCAGUGCCGAUUUGCCAAAGAUGUCAAACUAUUUUUAUGUUCUCAUUUUUGCAAUUUUUAAUUGUCAACACUGGAAUUUGUGAUUUUUUUGGGGGGGUUAAAUGGGUGAUUGCAACGUUCUUUAGGUUAGCUGGAGACAUAUGCAAUAAGAUGGAACAUAGAUGUUCAAUAUAUGUGUGUCUGUUCAUCUGAGUGACUGUUUAUUUGUGAACUAUCAAUUUAUGUACCCUUAAUGUGAAAAUAAUUAUUUGUAAAUAUUUGCCAUAAUUUUAUUGGUUCCUAAAAUAAAAGUCAUUUUUUUUAA